CUCAAAUCUGUACUUGGUCUCUUGUUGUUUCUCUGUGCAUGUUGAUCCUCUCCUGGUAUUGUUUAGGAAGAGUUCAAACUCCUCUUGAAAGGUCUGAGAUCUCCAUGAUCACUUACCUUGAUGGUAGUUUGUCAUGGUCCUGUGGCUGGGAUUGAAUCAAGGGACUCUCAACCUUGAAGUUGGUUCUUUGAGGAUGAUUCAAGCUGUUGUCCCUCACAUGGCAUCUAGGAAAAAGGGAAAGGUUGUGAAUGUUGGAAGUGUUGCUGCUCUGGCACCUGGACCAUGGGCUGGUGUCUAUACUGCCUCAAAAGCUGCUCUUCAUGCCCUGACUGAUACCAUGAGAUUGGAACUCCGACAUUUUGGGAUUGAUGUCAUUAAUGUUGUCCCUGGAGCUAUUAGGUCAAAUCUAGGAACAAGUUCCAUUGCCAGCUUCAACCAGAUGCCUGAGUUGAAGUUAUACAAGCCCUUCGAAGCGGCAAUCCAGGAGAGAGCAUAUUUUUCACAAAGAUCCAAGCCCACUCCUACAGAUGUGUUUGCAGACAAUACUGUAACAGCAGUACUAAAGAAAAAACCCCCUGCUUGGUUUGCAUCUGGUCAAUAUUCCACAAUGAUGGGUAUUAUGUAUCAUUUGCCACUUUUUGUGAGGGAUUUUAUCAUUAAGGUGGCCAUGAAAGGUUGAUCUCCCAUGGCACUAAGGGUGAUGUAUUGAGUCUGUUAUUGUAUAAAUGUUCUUUAACUGAUACUCCCAUGUCCAAUUCUGACGGAAGUUGUUAGUGUCAAUAAAGUUUGGAGCAGCCGGCAAUAUUGGUUCAUGGCUGCAGGUAAUGUGUUUCUUUUAGUUUGGUUGCCUAGUGUAGCCUAUAUAUAAAUUUGAUGAUGGUAAUUGGUUAUCGUGAACA